AAAUAUAUCCGAGAGCUGAUUGAUAUCAGUAGCCAAGGGAACCUGGAACUGGACACAAGCCGGUCCAAAGAAUGCGAACGGCAAUUAAGCCGAAAAAAAUUUGGGAAAAGUCAAGUGCUUCCAGGCGACACAACCUAUCACCCGUCCAAGGUAUUAAUUAGCGGAAAAUCAUCACACUAUGGCUCACCUGUCAGCGGCAGCAUUGCUGAUGUUGCAAUUGGUGGUGCCACCCAUCCUCGCCACCCACCCUCAUCAGACACCGUCUGUCACUCAACCCGUUGACAAUUUUGAUGGACUCGUCGGCCUGACCGAAGCCCACAUCGACAAUGGCUCUGACAUGCAUUUUGACAGCUCGAAUCCGAUAUCCGACCCAGACAGCGACUCUAACCCGGGAAACGCCACCAGGAUUCUGCGUCGGGGCAAGCGGUAUCUCCAGUUCGCCAAGGGCUCGCGUAUGUCGUGGCGUACCAAUGGCAAGAACAACCUUUGGACCAUAAAUGCCCUAUAUGCGUACGGAUACGGCUUUCGCGCCAAUUAUCCCUUUCCGUCCAUCGAAGAACAGAAAAAGGAUAACGCAGUGUUCUUUCGAUUGUUUAAGCGAGAUCUGUUUUCAAAGCUCGAAACUGCUUUAGAUGGACAUGGCUUUGAUGGCAGAGCCUGUAUGCUAAAGUCCUUCUGCACAGUCGUCUAUGAUGUGGAUAAUCCCAGAAAGAAGAGUGGCAUGCUCUUUAAACUACUGAAAUUAAUAUUCAGGCGGGCGAAACGAUAUCUGGACAUUAUAGACACAACUCGUAUAUUUGUGGGUAACUCAAAUCCUAUCCCAUAUAUAGAAAUUCAAAGUUUAAAGUACCGUCCUUUCAAGUUCCGCGUUAAUGCUAAAAAUAAUGUGAUCAAAUCGCCCGUAGUCUGGGCCCAUGGCUACGGCUUUCGUGCCAAUACCCCAGUGCUGGUUAAAAGGGAAAACAGACCCUUUCGAAGGGAUACCUACGAACUGAUCCACGAACUGAUCGAUCGAAGUGGUUUGGAUGGGAGGGCUUGUGUCUUGAAGGCCUAUUGCACGGCCUUGUCGGGCGAUCAUAAUCAGGGCUUUCUGUUUAAAUUAUUAAAAUACGUUUUUACCCUGGAUGAACACGACAAACGCCACAUGCCGCACUUGCGAGAAGAGAAUUGCGAGCAAAUCAUGCAUAGCCACUGCCCCUUGAGUUUCGACAGUAUAUCACCAUAUACAGAUGAUAUUUAAUAAUGUUUGUGUUGAUGCGAUGCUGCUUGAUUUUUGAUAAAA